AUGAUAGAAGAUAAAUAUAUCGGCCUCGCACUGGCCGUGACUUCGACACUAGGAAUCGGCGCUUCUUUCGUCAUCACAAAAAAGGGCCUCAACGCUGCCGCUGAGCGACAUGGUUUCGAGGGCGAUGGAUUCGCAUACCUGCGCAACCCCAUAUGGUGGAGUGGCAUCGUGACCAUGGUUGUCGGAGAAGUGUGCAAUUUCAGUGCGUACGCUUUUGCGCCUGCGAUUCUGGUCACGCCUUUGGGCGCACUGUCGGUGUUGAUUGGCGCGGUACUUGGGAGUUACUUUCUGGGAGAGAAGCUAGGGAUAUUGGGGAGAGUAGGCUGUGCGAUAUGUUUGAUUGGGAGUGUGGUCAUUGUAUUGCAUGCGCCGCCGGACAAGGAAUUGAAGAAUAUCGAUGAGCUGUUGCAUUACGCUAUGCAGUUGGGUGAGUAUACACACACCACAGGCAAGACAGGACGUGGUCGCUAACGUGAGGGUGCAGGCUUUUUAACAUACAUGAUCAUUGUGACAAUAUUCGCCGUGAUCAUGAUCUACAAGAUUGCGCCGGUAUACGGCAAGAAGAAUCCCAUGAUCUACUUGAGCAUAUGCUCCAGCGUGGGAUCGAUAUCGAUCAUGGCAAUCAAGGGAUUCGGAAUCGCCGUCAAGCUUACUCUGGGCGGGAACAACCAGUUCACACAUCCCUCGACUUACGUCUUUGCGGUGGUUGUAGUGGUCUGCAUUCUCACGCAGAUGAACUAUUUCAACAAGGCGCUGAGCCAAUUCAGCACAAACAUGUACGUCUCCCAAGCCCGGCCUCUGCCACCCGACUCCCUUCUAAUAUGUCGUGACUGUCAGUGUGAACCCACUCUACUACGUGACCUUCACAACUUGUACACUGGUGGCCUCCUUCAUCCUUUUCCGCGGCUUCAACACGACAGACGCAAUCAACACAAUAUCCCUCCUCUGCGGCUUUCUCACCAUCUUCACCGGCGUCUACCUCCUCAAUCUCUCCCGCGAGGACCCCAACGGCGCAAAUCUCGGCAUCAACCAAGACUACCGAGGCGCAUACCACGAAGUCGACGGAAUCCCCACAGAUGGCCUCACAGGCCUUCAAACGCGCUACAGCAUGUCACGAAGAAGCGAGGAAGGAGAACGACACCGCAGAUCCACCAGCUGGAGUCUCCGAAGUCCAGUCAAUGGCGGCGGUGGAACGUGGAGUAAAGACUACGGCGCAAGAGAUCAGGAAGAUCUAUACGACGUGGAAGCGAAUAAACUCCACGAUCUAGCAGAGGACAGUGAUGAAGAGAACUCCGGGGAUUCCAACACGAAGCGAACCAGUUUCGGAGAUGAGAACAAAAAGCAUGGGCCAGGCCAAGGAGGAGGAGGAGGAAGAGGCUCUUCCUCUGGGUCCAGGAGAGUGCAUUCGGAAAGUGUAAGAAUUGGCGGCAAGAGUUUCGAUCAUCAACGAUGA